UAGAGGUCAUCGGGUAUUUGUCCAAUAUAGUGCGUAAAAGCAGUUGUUUCUUGACAACAGUGUUUCAAAUGGUGUACUUUUGAAAACAUCGUCUUCAAAUAUUGUUAUCUUUCUGAAUUGUGUAAUAUUUGACCCUAAACAAUAGUGAGACGCAUAGCCACCAUCCCUCAGUCUUGUAUGCAUUUAUCCACUGUAUAGACCUACCUUCAGCUGACAGCUACAGGGAACAAUAGUUGUGGUUCUCCAGGGUUUAAGGGUCUCUUUGAUGCCAGCAUUUGCCCGCAAGAAGGACAGCCGCACCACCUUUCUUUUCAAGUGAGGACAGCACAACAAGGGUGAAACCAUCACCACAAACACUCCAGACAUGAGAAGGAGCAGGUGAAGAUGUCCCUGAAGAACACCAAAACAUGGUCCAGAGUACUUGUACCUGCGCUGCUGCUGUGCUGUGUGUCCUACUACUAUUCAUAUUUCUUCCUUCAGAGUAGUGAAAGGGCUUUCAGUAAGGCCCUCUGUGACAGCUGGAAUAUCUCUCAGAAGUGGGAGAGACUCAACUUCAAUGUGAGCAGGAAUGCUCAACUUUUCUUGAAGCUGGAGGAUUUCUUCUGGCGACGCUACUUGUCCACGUUAGCCUUGCCUUAUGGUGUUAAGGGCAGUGAGCUUUUUCUCAUGAAAGCAUUGGCAGCCAUGUCUAGCUAUGACAUGCCUGAGACGAUAAAACAUUUGCCUUGCAAAACCUGCAUGGUGGUUGGAAAUGGGUUCGCGAUCAAGAACACCUCGUUAGGAAGUGCCAUUAACAAGUAUGACAUAGUGAUCAGAUUGAACGAUGCACCAGUUCGGGGGUAUGAGGCCGACGUGGGGAACAAGACUACCAUGCGCCUCUUCUACCCUGAGUCGGCUUCCUACAACCCCAGCAUCCACAAUGACCCUGACACCCUCAUGGUCCUCGUGCCUUUCAAGCAGCAGGACGUGCGCUGGCUCAAAGAGAUCCUGUACAAUGAGAAGAGGAUCAGAAAGGGCUUCUGGAAACCCCCUCCUGAGAUCUGGUUGGGUAAAACCAGCCACAUCCGCAUCCUGGACCCCUACUUCCUGCAGCAAACGGCCAGCCGCCUGCUCCGCUUGCCUCUCAACACACCUCCAAAGACCAACCAGAUCCCAGCGCACCCUACAACUGGCAUUCUAGCCAUCUACGUGGCCCUUAACUACUGUGACGUGAUCCACAUCGUUGGAUUUGGCUACCCAGAGUCUAAAGACCUGAAGCACCCCAUUCACUACUAUGGCUAUGACACCAUGAAGUCUAUGAAGAAUUCGUACCACAACCUCUCCCAUGAGGUGAAAGCUCUGAAGCGACUAGAGGACUCUGGUGCUGUUGUAUACCUACACUCUCACUCCUGACCAAUGCAAAAUGAAGAGUAGUGCACAAGUGAAUGAUACAAUUGUACAUAAUAUAUUAUAAACUGGGUGGUUCGAGCCCUGAAUGCUGAUUGGCUGACAGCCGUGGUAUAAAAUUAGCAUACAUUUCCAUAUGGGUGGCCCCAGCGGGAAUCAAACACACGAUCCAGACUAAUGUACCAACUGAGCUACACAGGACCACAGUGAAGGAAGAUAGUUGGGACACUGAAAAAGGACUAUCCUUUCCUACACACCUUUAUCACAAUCUGAUAAACAUCCAGUGUGUUUUAGGGAUUAACAUGGGUAUCCAGGAUCUUGGGACUGUCCCAGGAGCACUCUUCACACAGUAGCGGUGGGUGGGGAAAAUCACUGGGGGAGCCAUGGCAGGAGAAAAAAGCCAUAUUACAACCUACAGUUUAAGUCGGAAGUUUACAUACACCUUAGCCAAAUACAUUUAAACUCAGUUUUUCACAAUUCCUGAGAUUUAAUCGGAGUAAAAAGUCCCUGCUUUAGGUCAGUUAGGAUCACCAUUUCAUUUUAAGAAUGUGAAAUGUCAGAAUAAUAGUAGAGAGAACAAUUUAUUUCAGCUUUUAUUUCUUUCAUCACAUUCCAAGUGGGACAGAAGUUUACAUACACUCAAUUAGUACUUGGUAGCAUUGCCUUUAAAUUGUUUAACUUGGGUCCAAAAUUUUGGGUAGCCUUCCACAAUCUUCCCACAAUAAGUUGGGUGAAUCUUGGCCCAUUCCUCCUGACAGAGCUGGUGUAACUGAGUCAGGUUUGUAGGCCUUCUUGCUCGCACACGCUUUUUCAGUUCUGCCCACAAAUAUUCUAUAGGAUUGAGGUCAGGGCUUUGUGAUGGCCACUCCAAUACCGUGACUUUGUUGUCCUUAAGCCAUUUUGCCACAACUUUGGAAGUAUGCUUGGGGUCAUUGUCCAUUUGGAAGAUCCAUUUGCGACCAAGCUUUAACUUCCUGACUGAUCUCUUGAGAUGUUGCUGCAAUAUAUCCACAUGAUUUUCUCUCCUCGUGAUGCCAUCUAUUUUGUGAAGUGCACCAGUCCCUCCUGCAGCAAAGCACCCCCCUAACAUGAUGCUGCCACCCUUGUGCUUCACGGUUGGGAUGGUGUUCUUCGGCUUGCAAGCCUCCCCUUUUUCCUUCAAACAUAACGAUGGUCAUUAUGGCCAAACAGUUCUAUUUUUGUUUCAUCAGACCAGAGGACAUUUCUAGCAGUGGCUUCUUCCUUGCUGAGCAGCCUUUCAGGUUAUGUUGAUAUAGGACUCGUUUUACUGUGGAUAUAGAUACUUUUGUACCUGUUUCCUCCAGCAUCUUCACAAGGUCCUUGGCUGUUGUUCUGGGAUUGAUAUGCACUUUUCGCACCAAAGUACAUUAAUCUCUAGGAGACAGAACGCGUCUCCUUCCUGUGAGGUAUGGCGGCUGCGUGGUCCCAUGGUGUUCAUACUUGCAUACUAUUGUUUGUACAGUUGAACGUAGUACCUUCAGGCGUUUGGAAAUUGCUCCCAAGGAUGAACCAGACUUGUGGAGGUCUACAAUUUAUUUUCUGAGCACUUGGCUAAUUUCUUUUGAUUUUCCCAUGAUGUCAAGCAAAGAGACACUGAGUGUGAAGGUAGGCCUUGAAAUACAUCCACAGGUACACCUCCAAUUGACUCAAAUGAUGUCAAUUAGCCUAUCAGAAGCUUCUAAAGCCAUGACAUCAUUUUCUGGAAUUUUCCAAGCUGUUUAAAGGCACAGUCAACUUAGUGUUUUUAAACUUCUGACUCACUGGAAUUGUGAUACAAUGAAUUAUAAGUGAAAUAAUCUGUCUGUAAACGAUUGUUGGAUAAAUUACUUGUGUCAUGCACAAAGUAGAUUUCCUAACCGACUUGCCAAAACUAUAGUUUGUCAGAAAAAAAAAUGUGGAUUGGUUGAAAAACGAGUUUUAAUGACUCCAACCUAUGUGUAUGUAAACUUCCGACUUGUGUGUUGUUGUAAUUGCGGUGUUGUCUCUAUAAAGUGUUAGUUCAUUUGCCUUGCCACUGUGAUAUAUAGGCCUAAGGCCGAGACAAUAAGAAGACACAGUGGCAGAAUAAAUUCAACCACAUUUUUUUUUCAUCACGAAACCAGAGAGCAACAUCUGUCCGGUGAAGUCCACAAAGCAUAUUGCAUGUAACAAACCGUUACAUGACCUACAGCAUGGUUAAUCAAGUUAAUGCUUCCAACAUUUUUGGACUACUAAAAAGCUAUUGAUUUAGAACACCGGAGAGUUAACGCAAGUUGCAAAGAAACAGGAACUGCCUCCACCAUUCAAGGACCAUUUUAACUUCAACAUCGUCAAAUCACCUCUGCUUAGUCUAAUACAGUGCCAACUAAAAGAUUCCAAAAACUAUUUAGUCCAAUCAACAUAACAUAAAUAUCAUGUGGUUGUCCAUGGUACUGAUUUUUGUGUGUGUAAGUUGAAAAAACAUGUUGACUCACCCUACUUGUAGAGAAAUGCCAAUGCCAUCCUCCUCUCUUCAUGUUGUCUUACAGUACUUACUUUUAGUUUUGUUAUCCUAGGCUACCUGGCUAAAAUGCCUAACUUCCGUUCAUGGGCAACGAUUAGCCAGCUAAUUAACAUUUGCCUACCUAGCUACAUAUUGAACUUCCAUCCUCUCAGUCCAGAUGCACAAUGUAUGAACUUAUGGUUGGAUCAGAUUCAUUUUCAUAAUCCUUGGCCAGUACUAAAAUGACUAGAACAUUAAUAUCUUAUAUUCUGAUAACAUGGCAACCAUGUUCUGUGUAUGUUUGAUGGGAUGUUGAUGGAAUAUUUACCUAACCCACAAAAAACUUUUUGCCAUGUUCUCAUAAAACUGCUACAAUUUCCAACACAUUCCUCCCUAUCCUGUAGGUGACCUUUGCACAUAGCAUCUUAUUGCUUUUCACUCUGGAAACCUUUGUCCUAUUUUGAAAUUAAAGAACAUUUAUUUCGGCCUGGAUUCAAUCCCUAUCGCCGAAGAUCCGUGUGAAAAUGUAAAGGUAGACUAAGUUCCGAUUGAGCCGACAUAUAUGCAGCUGUUACCGUGAAUGCAGUCUCCCGGACCACAGAAACAUUGCCUUUAAUUCUCAAUCACUAUAAAGCGGAUUUUCAGCGCUACAGAUUGAAUAGAGCCGUUAAUUCAUUAAUUCACAUGGUAGAGGAUAGAGUAGGGAAAUUUUGAGACAAUAUAAGAUAUUCAUUUUAGAAAAUACACAAUAGCUGAAAAGUGACUGUCACAUUGAUGACACAGACUGUCUGGAAGUUGGUAGUGCCACCAGACCUGAUUCGAGGUGGACCUUUUUGGCUGUGGUGGUUGCCAGAUAUUUGGCACUACAGCAGGGCGUGUUGGUCUCAGGGCGUGUUGGUCUCAUAGAUGCUGUGGAAGCUGUUGUAGUUCACCUCAUAGAAGCCCUUAUCUAGGGAGAGGACUGGUGUGAAGCGAUACCCCCACAGCACCUCAGUGUCCAAAUAGGAGCUUCGAGCUUGACACAUCAUUUUUGCAUUUGAAAAGCAUACGAAAAAAAGACAAACACAAACUAUGCCUGCAUCUCAUCUGCUCAUACCCACAUGUUCACACCCCCAACCUUAGUGCCUGCAUCUCAUCUGCUCAUACCCGCAUGCUCACACCCCCAACCUUAGUGCCUGCAUCUCAUCUGCUCAUACCCGCAUGCUCACACCCCCAACCUUAGUGCCUGCAUUACUGUUUGCUGCUUUGCCUUAAAUUGUACCAAUUUGUUUUUUUUUCGGUUGCCCAUCCUAUUUCAAUAAUAAAACAUUUUCCAUUGUGUCAAUGAUG